CUUCUCAGAAACCCCGCUUGUCAGGAAGAUCCCCACACUGCGAGGCUGGCCCUGCCCCUGGUUUCUUCUCCCCGGGAGGCUCUUCCGCCCUCUGAGGGCUCCCUCAGCUGCUCCCACCCAGCCAGGAAUGGAGGAGGGAUGGAGGCAGGAGGAAUGUGGAGGUUCUGGGACAGUGACAGGCCAGGGGACAGGCGCGAGCAGAACCAGCGGAAGCUUGUGUCAGGAGAACGAGGUGGAGCAGGGCUGCUCCAGGUUGGAAAUGAGGCUUCUUCUCUUAGGGAAACAUGGCGCAGGCAAAAGUGCUACGGGAAACACUAUUCUGGGCAAAGCCGUGUUCAUCUCCAAGUUCAGUGAGCAGAUGGUGACUCAAAGUUGCCAGAGAGAGCGUGGGGCCAUAAGGGGGUGUGAGGUAGUGGUCAUCGACACCCCUGACUUCUUCUCCCCAACAGUUUGUGCCAAAGAUAAGGAAUACAACAUUGAGCACUGCUUGGAGCUCUCCGCUCCCAGCCUCCAUGCCCUGCUUCUGGUAAUUCCCAUCGGCCAUUAUAAGAUGGAGGACAGAAAAACAGCCAAGGGCAUCCAGGAGGUGUUUGGAGCUGAAGCCAGCAGACACAGCAUUAUAGUCUUUACUCGUGAGGAUGAUUUAGGGGAUGACUUGCUGGAAGAUUUCAUUGAAAGUGAUGAGUGUCUUAGAGAGUUGGUUCAAAACUGUGGUGGUGGAUACUGUGCUUUCAACAACAAGGCAAGUGAGGACAAACAGGAGGCCCAGGUGGAGAAGCUCCUCUGCAUGGUCAAGAGUUUGGUGUCUAAGAACCAAGGACCAUACCAGGUGAACUUCAGAAGUGAAGACAUUGGGUUCCAGGAUUGUGUGAAUGAAGCCUCAUCUCAGAGGGAGGGCAGUCCACACGGGUCAGAGGAAGAGCAGCAGGGGACCACAGGAUGUGAGCCAAACCCUGAGCCUUCAGCCCUGAAGGUCCUGCUGGUGGGGAAGCAUGGUGUGGGAAAAAGUACAGCUGGAAACAGCCUUCUCGGGGAGCAGGUCUUUAAGACCAAAUACAGUGAACAGCCAGUAACCCAGACAUUUGAGACUAAGAACAGAGACUGGAGAGGGAGGAAACUUUUGAUCAUUGAUACUCCAGACUUCUUAUCUACAAAGAAUGUUGACUUAAUGCUUUUGAGAAACAUCUCUCCAGGUCCCCAUGCCUUCCUCCUGGUGACCCCACUGGGCUCUUUCACUGAGAAAGAUCACGAGGUGCUGAACACCAUCGAAAGAGUUUUUGGAGAAAAAUUCCCUGCAUACAUGACCAUUCUCCUCACCAGGAAAGAAGAUCUAGAUAGUCAAGAUGUAGAAACAUUCUUAAAAACCCAAAGUAAAACCCUCUGGGAUCUCAUCCAGAAAUGUGAAAACCGAUACCACAUCUUCAGCUACAGAGCAACCGGAGAAGAGGUGGAUGAGCUCCUGCAAGGAAUUGUGAACAUGGUGCAGCAGAACAGAGACAUGUUUUGCACCUUCAGAGGGAGAGAGCAACUGAAGAUUAUCCUCGUGGGGAAGAGUGGGACUGGGAAGAGUGCAAGCGGGAAUACCAUCCUUGGGAGGCCUGUGUUCCUCUCUCAGCUGAAAGCACAGCCAGUCACCAGGAAGUGCCAGGGUGUCAGUAUGACAUGGGACGGGCAGGAUGUUGUGGUUGUGGACACUCCCUCACUCUGCCUGAUGUCUGGAGCUGAAGGGGAUCAAUCCGAGCUAGAGGAGGAGAUCAAACACUGUUUGUCCUACUAUGAAGAAGGCAGCACGGUCCUGGUCCUGGUAGUACAGCUGGGACGCAUCACUCAAGAGGACAAAAAGGCAUUGGUGGAUCUGCAGGCCAUCUUUGGAGCAGAAGUUAUGAAAUACACAAUUGUGCUGUUCACACGGAAGGAAGAUCUAGGAGCUGAGAAGCUUGAAGAUUAUGUCAAUAACACAGAUAACAAAUAUCUUAGGAGCUUAAUUAAAAAAUGUAACAAGGGAUAUUGUGCUUUUAAUAAUAAAGAAACUGGCCAAGCCAGGGAAGACCAGGCAAGACAUCUUUUGUUAAAGGCCAGGGACCUGAUAAGGUGCUGUGGAAAAGAUGUGGACACCCAUGCCUUGUGGAGUACACAAAAAAUAAUGAAAACAUUCAGGAAUACCCCACUCCCCAAGUUACUAAAUAGUUUAAAAGAUAAGUUUCACAAGGAAGCUGAAAUGCCUGGGGUCUCUUUAAGUUAGCGAUACUCUUGGGCGGCAGCAUGGGGGCAUGGAAGGACUGGCGGGAUGGGAGGGUGGCUCAUGACUCUGAAGGCUUGGGAGGUAAAUGCAUCUCACCUUGUGAUGCUUCAGCUCUUUGUGGGUAAAUAAAUUUUCAGGCUAGGGCAAGUAGCAGGGGAUAAUUGAUAAAGGAGAAAGAGGAAAUAGGGUGGAGAAAUCUGGAAAAAUGCUUUCAGAGCUGAGGCUGAUAUUAAGAGUCAGAAUCAAGUCACGAGGAGCACUGCACCUGUGUAGGUAGAUUGGCACCAGGACAGACACUGGGACUAAGGCCAGGACCAGCCUGCGGUUAGAACACAGUCAUCUAAGAACCACGGAGUCCAGAUACGAGUGGAAGACCAUGUCCAGCCAACUCCUGGGCACGGCAGGACAGAGAAGCGGGACUCCUGUGGGGCUCUGUUGCCCAGCACUGCUUUCCAGACGCCCCGAGCUCCCUGUAUUCCCUGUGGCAGCGCUCAGGGCCUUCCUUUCCUCAUAAGGUGGCUAAUCCUUACUUCUUUCCUUGUUCUAAGGUUGAAUGGAAAGUGGACCCAGUCUACCCUCCUUUGCUGUCCCUGAGGAAAUGAACAUGAAUCUGUGAGGUUUCAAAAGAUUUUAUUGCUAAUCAUCACAGUGAAAUAGACUAAAACAAAAAUUAGAAGCAUGGUAAAAUUGCCAAGAUUAGACAAUUUUGCAAAGUUUAAAAUUCUAGAUUUUCCUAGAGGAAAACCCCCUUUACACUUCUCUCUCCCUCUCUUUCUCUCUCUCAUCCCUGAGGCUUAGGAAUUAUGUUAAAACUCAAAGAACUCAAAUAAUAAUGGCUUAAACACAUUAAGGGUUUAUUGUGUCUCAUGUCAAAAAGUCCAGGAGUAGGCAGUCUGGACCAGUGUCACAUCAAUGGUCCAGCUUCUUUCUUCCCCUGCUCAUCUGAUGCAGCCUCCAUCCAUACUUAAGGGUGCCUCUUGGUUCCAAGAUGGUGGUGCCCUACUCAAGGCUGAGCUGGUUAUAUUGAGAGCUGCACGAUGAAGGUGAUACAUGAGAUGAGAACCGUGGAAUCUUCUCCCAUGUAGGGUCAGAUGUGUUCAAUAUUAACUGCUUUUAGGACAGAAUCUAUGUUAUCUGCUUUUUUAAAAUUUCAAAGUAUCUGGUUACUGCAAGAUUAAUCAUUUGUAAGAGCAUGGACUGUCACUGCUAUUACUUUUGUACUCCACAUAACCCUUAAUAUGAUAAAUUCUGGAAAGUGUGUGUAAGUAUUUUCAGUGCAGUGAAAUAAUAAAGAUGAAUUAUUUUAUGAA